GUAAAUACCAAUAUAAAUAUUACGACUUCUUCUUUCUAUCUUCUAUUUUCGGUGUAAAAAUCCAUCGUCGUCGGUCCCUCCUCCUCCUCGUCCCCCUCUUCUUCCUCCUUUUUCCCAGUACCUUUUCGCCUGGCCCGUCCAACACUCCAUCACUCCCCGAAAAUCUAUAAAUGGUUUUAGCGGGCGAGAAAGAUAUGAGCAUCGGAGCGCGCUCCUUCGACGACGACCGGUGUCGCCCCUUCCGCUGACCUCCGGCCGAUUCCCACCGCCCCUGUUGGGUCUCCCCCUCCAAUCCUUCCCCGCUCUCGCUUGCCGGCAUUCUCCCCAAUUCCUCCGAAAACCCUUCCUCCUAUUCAUCAUCAUCUUCCUCUUGAAGCUUCUUGAUUCGGUCCCCGGACGAAGGAGGAGGAGGAGGAGAACCACCCCUUAUUCUCACAGCAUCCUCCUCGUUAUCGCCAGCGAAAAGAAUGAUGGCGGCGGCCAUCCGAUUCGGAUCGGCCUGAGGAGGAGGAUGUCGGGCGCGGGCCAGGCGGCGGUGGAGCAGCACGUCGGCUUCCCCGCGAAAAUGACCGCCGAGAGCGAGCACCAGCAGCAGCGGCGACGGUCGGGCGGCGGGUGCAACCCGGUGCGGAAGCCUGGGCCCGUCUCCAUGGACCACGUCCUUCUCGCCCUGCGCGAGACCAAGGAGGAGCGGGAGGUGCGGAUCCGGAGCCUUUUCAACUUCUUCGACGCGUCCGGCCUCGGCCACCUCGACUACGCCCAGAUCGAGGCCGGCCUGUCGGCGCUCCGCAUCCCCGCCGAGUACAAGUACGCCAGGGAUCUCCUCAAGGUCUGCGACGCCAACCGAGAUGGCCGGGUCGACUACCAGGAGUUCCGCCGGUACAUGGACGACAAGGAGCUUGAGCUCUACCGCAUCUUCCAGGCCAUCGAUGUCGAGCACAACGGAUGCAUUUUGCCCGAGGAGCUCUGGGACGCGCUUGUCAAAGCAGGAAUUGAAAUUGAUGAUGAGGAGCUAGCCUGUUUCGUAGAGCAUGUGGAUAAGGAUAACAAUGGGAUUAUAACUUUUGAAGAAUGGAGAGAUUUCCUUCUACUUUAUCCCCAUGAAGCAACCAUUGAGAACAUUUAUCAGUACUGGGAGAGAGUAUGCCUUGUUGAUAUAGGUGAACAGGCUGUUAUUCCACAAGGUAUAAGUAAGCAUAUGAAUGCAAGCAAGUACUUGAUCGCAGGUGGAGUAGCUGGAGCAGCUUCUCGUACAGUUACUGCUCCUCUUGAUCGUCUUAAAGUGGUUAUGCAAGUGCAGACAAAUUGUGCACAUGUUAUUCCGGCAAUAAAGGACAUAUGGAGACAGGGCCAUUUCUUGGGAUUUUUUAGGGGGAAUGGGUUAAAUGUGAUGAAGGUUGCACCUGAAAGUGCAAUAAGAUUUUACACAUAUGAGAUGCUAAAAGAUUUCAUCGUCAAAGCCAAUGGAGAAGAUAAGAGCGACAUCGGUGCUUCUGGGCGCCUUAUUGCUGGUGGUUUAGCAGGUGCUGUGGCACAGACUGCAAUUUAUCCCAUGGAUCUUGUGAAAACACGAUUACAGACUUAUGCAUGUGAAGGUGGAAAAGUUCCUAGUCUUGGUACACUGUCAAAAGAUAUAUGGGUGCAUGAAGGGCCUCGAGCUUUCUAUAGAGGGCUUGUUCCUUCUCUUCUUGGAAUUAUCCCAUAUGCAGGCAUAGAUCUUGCAGCAUAUGAAACCUUGAAAGAUAUGUCUAGAACAUAUGUUCUUAAAGAUAGUGAACCUGGCCCACUCGUGCAACUGGGUUGUGGUACUAUUUCAGGAGCUCUUGGAGCAACAUUUGUUUAUCCCUUGCAGGUUAUUAGAACAAGAAUGCAAGCCCAAUAUACCAAUUCAACCACUGCAUAUAAAGGAAUGUCAGAUGUGUUUUGGAGAACUCUUCAGCAUGAAGGUUUUUCUGGGUUCUAUAAAGGAAUUUUUCCAAAUCUGCUCAAAGUGGUUCCAUCUGCAAGUAUUACUUAUCUUGUUUACGAGACGAUGAAAAAAAGCCUUUCUCUUGAUUAAAGUACUUUAUAAUUUUGCCUGGCAGCCAUCAUAAUUGACAUGGCUGAUUAUAGAGUUUAUGAUGAUGAUAACGAGGAUAAGGUUACUUAUUUGAUCAGGCGAUACGAUUGUUUCAAUUAUAU